GGCCUGUGACUACUCAGCGUUACAAAUCUACAGUUUUUUCUACACUCGUCUUCAUAGUCUCCUCAUUUCAUCGUUGGGGAAAUGGCGCUGAACGUGGCAGGACUGGUGGCCAUAUUGCUAUUCUACGCCCUCAUCCUUGGCGUCGGGAUCUACGCUGCCUGGCGACGCAGGAGUAAAAAGGAUAAUUCCGACGAGAUUAUCCUGGCCGGCAGGAGCAUCGGGCCGUUCGUGGGCCUCAUGACCAUGACAGCCACGUGGGUGGGCGGAGGCUACAUCAACGGGACGGCGGAGGUGACGUUCACGCAGGGCCUCCUGUACUGCCAGGCGCCCUUCGGCUACGCCAUCAGUCUCGUCUUAGGCGGUCUAUUCUUUGCGAAGAAGAUGCGUGAGGCGGAGUACAAGACAAUGCUAGACCCUCUACAGGAGAGCUAUGGGCAGCGCUGGGGCUGCGCUCUCUACCUGCCCGCCUUGUUUGGCGAGACUCUCUGGACUGCGUCCAUCCUGGCCGCCCUUGGUUCGACAUUGUCGGUAAUCCUGGAUUUACCUGACGCGAUUUCGAUCGUAGUGUCGGCGUCGAUAGCCGUACUGUACACCCUUGUAGGAGGGCUGUAUUCUGUGGCAUACACAGACGUGGUGCAGCUCUUUUGUAUUGCUAUUGGCCUGUGGCUGGCAGUGCCGUUCUCCCUACACAGCGAGUACUCUGGUUCCCUGAACCCCAACACCACCAACUGGCUCGGGGAGCCCCCCAACAACCCCUACGAGUGGGGCACAUGGUGGGACUAUGCAUUCCUCCUCAUCUGCGGAGGCAUCCCUUGGCAGGUGUACUUCCAGCGCGUGCUGUCCGCCAAGACUGGCAGGCAGGCACAGAUUUUGUCCUACGGCGCGGCCAUCGGCUGCUUCGUUAAUGCAAAACUGUCGGUACGCAAGUCCAUCAAGUGCAAAACUGUAGAGUGGGAGCAGACGCCCUUCAACCAAAGUAUCGUGGAAGCCGGGAAAGCCAAGCUCGUGCUCCCUCUGGUGCUACAGUAUCUCACGCCAUCGUGGGUGGCAUUCAUAGGCCUGGGCGCCGUGUCGGCCGCUGUGAUGUCGUCCGCUGACUCCUCGGUGCUAUCCGCCUCGUCCAUGUUCACCCACAACGUCUACAAAGGCGUCAUCCGACCUCAUGCCAGCAUUCGGGAGAUGAACAUUGUGCUGCGACUUGCCAUCCCUGUCAUCACGGCAGUGGCUUGCGCCAUCGCCAUUUUUACGACUUCCAUCUAUGCCCUAUUCUUUUGGGUCCUUGAAAGAGGAGAGCCAGUUCUGAAGCUACCAGCCGUCAUCAAGUAUCCGUGGUACGACUACGAGAACGAGACGCAGAACUUCCCAUUCAGAACCAUGUCGAUGCUGGUGACAAUGACCGCGCUGUUGUUGGUGUCUCGCUUAACCCAUUAA